AGGUCAGCAGUCAAAUAAUACUCGGCAGGACUCGCUGUUUAAAUUUCAUUAAUCGCAGACUUCGUCUUCUUCACGUGUCAACAUUAAAUUCUAAACCCGGAAUUAUUUUUGGAUACUGAAUGCAGGACCUGUUGAACUUCCCUCCAGUUCCAGAUCGAGACUUUAUUACUCUUGGAGAGAGAAAUGGAGAUAUUGUACAUGUUCCGGCCGACAGAUAUGAAGAGACUAAACUGCCUGGUUACCCAGACGUCAGCCUGUCAAAGGAUUUCCUUAGAGUUUCCCAAGAAAAUUCAGCACCUCUGUUCCUAGCACAUGAAGAAACCCUUUGCAAGAAAGCACUAAAUGCUUGGUAUGAAACUGGCUUAUCAGAAGCGUUGGCUGUCCUCAACAGAGAUGAUAGAGUUUCCAUUGUAAUUGAUUCUGUCUGUUUGUCUUUCUGUAGGUCUCCUGGAAUUAUCUGUUCCUUUGCAUGGCACCCACAUGCCAUCAAGUUUGCUUACGCACUCAUAGACGACUCUGUCAAAGUUCACACGGGUGGUAUGACGCUGGUUCCCAUCUUGAGGACCAAGUUACAGAAGAACGUCAUAGACCUUGCUUGGCAACCGUUCUCUUCUUCUGUGCUUGCUGUGGCCUGUCGUUCUUGUAUCCUUAUUUGGCAUGUGGAACCGAUGUCUCUAGCAGAACGACCAUCGGCCAGUUGCGUUCAGAUUCUGCAACAAGACCACCAUUCUCCAGUGUCCAGUUUAGGCUGGAGUCCAAGUGGUGACCUUUUGCUCUCAGCUUCACCCAUUGACACUGCUAUCAUGGUGUGGAAUGUUGCCAUGGAAGCUGUAGUACCACUGCGGAGGAUAGGAGGUGGAGGUAACACUAUGGUGUGUUGGUCACCGGAUGGAUUCAGAGUAAUGUCUGCAACACCAGCUUCAGUAUUUCGGGUUUGGCAAACCAAAACUUGGGGAUGUGACAAAUGGACUUUACCUUCUGGUCGAUGUCAGCUUCCAUGUCUUCUCUGUGCUGCUGCUACGUCUCUACCUCCAUUUGUUCUCUCUCUAGUUGUUGUAAUUGGUGGCUGUAUUCAAAGUUUGGUAUGGGACGCCACUGGUUCACGUUUAGCUCUGCUGUUCAAAGAAUCCUUUGGUUGUAAGAAAAACCUAAUAGCAGUAUUCCGUACGACAAAAAGCCCUUCUCUGAAAGCCACGCCAUGUGGUUGGGUCAAAGGUGAAGAAGGAGAUUCGGCGCAGUUCAUUUGUUUCAAACCCAAAUUCCAAGAUGGCGCCUUACUGACUGUAGUUUGGUCCAGUGGUAGAAUUUCUCAAGUGCCUUUCUAUUUCCUUGUUCCUGACAAGAUUUCUUCUGGAGGACCUCUACAGAUGGCGCCACAGUUUGGUCCACAGCCUGACUGUCUACUUUUCUCAUCCGCCAUGUCUGAUUUGGACUGAUUCUUCUCAUUCUCUGUCUCUCACGUCACACCACUUCAACAGACCACCACUGCUGAAAAGACUCUCCACUGUACAAAGACUUGAUGUACUGAUUUCUCUUUCUCUCCAUGCAAUACAACACUACAUUGCAACACUAACACUACAAAACCACACUACUACCACCCACACACCACUAUACAAGACUAUACCAACACAACCACUAUGCUAUACUACAUUGCAGGACCACCACUACUGAAUGGACUCAGUGUUGUAUGAAGAUUUCAUGAACUGUGUGUUUCUCUCCAACACACCUCUAGACCACUCUCCUGCCAUGUCACUGCCACAUGACCACCACUGUUGAAGGACUCAACUGUUGUACAAAGAUUUUGAAAUAAACUCCUCACCCCACUCAUUCUCCUACCACA